AUGGAUUUCCUGCCAAACUUUUCUUCUGUUACUUGGCUGCUCCUCAUUGUUUUCCUUAGCCUCCUGGUCCUCUAUGGGAUAUGGCCCUUCCAGGCCUUCAGGAAGCUGGGCAUUCCAGGGCCACAGCCUCUGCCAUUUUUGGGAACUUUCCUGGGGUACCGGCAGGGAGUCCUGAAUUUUGAUCAGACGUGCUUUGAAAAGUAUGGCAAAAUCUGGGGGAUUUUUGAUGGCAGGCAGCCUGUGCUGGCUGUUCUGGACCCCAUCCUCAUCAAAAACAUCCUGGUGAAAGAGUGCUACACCAAUUUUACCAAUCGGCGGAACUUUGGUCUGAACGGGUUCAUGGAGUCGGCCCUCAGCCUGGCUGAAGAUGAGAAGUGGAAAAGGAUUCGCGCUGUGCUGUCUCCAACCUUCACCAGCGGGAAGCUGAAGGAGAUGUUCCCUAUCAUUAACCACUAUGGUGAAAUAUUAGUGAAAAACAUUGAGAAGAAAGUGACUAACGAUGAGUUCAUGACCAUGAAGGACAUUUUUGGAGCCUACAGCAUGGAUGUGGUGACCAGCACUUCUUUCAGCGUGAAUAUUGACUCCAUGAGCAACCCUAGUGACCCCUUUGUCACCAACAUUAAGAAAUUUCUCAAAUUCAGUUUCCUAAACCCCUUCUUGGUAUUCUUAGUGUCGUUCCCCUUUGUUGUCCCAGUGCUGGAAAAGAUGAAUGUGACUCUGUUCCCCUCAAAGGUCAUGGACUUCUUCAAGGACAUCUUCAUAAAAAUGAAGAAGGAACGGGAAAUGGGCAGCAGCAUGGACCGUGUUGAUUUCCUGCAACUCAUGGUUGACUCCCAGAGCUCACAUGACAACUCCAAGUCUUCUGGGACUGACUCGUACAAAUCAUUAAGCGACGAGGAGAUUCUGGCCCAGGCUCUUAUCUUUGUCUUUGCUGGUUAUGAGACCACCAGCUCCACCCUCAGCUACAUAUCAUAUAACCUGGCCACUCACCCUGACGUGCAGCAGCGGCUCCAGGAUGAGAUCGAUGCAAACCUACCCAGCAAGGCUGCUCCCACCUACAGCACCAUCAUGCAGAUGGAGUAUCUCGAUAUGGUGGUGAAUGAAUCUCUGCGGCUCUUCCCCCCUGGGGGACGGAUUGAGAGGGUCUGCAAGACUACGGUGGAGCUCAAUGGUGUGACUAUUCCAAAGGGCAUGGUGGUCAUGAUCCCAGCCUACGUGCUGCAUCGGGACCCGGAGUACUGGCCAGAGCCGGAGGAGUUCAGGCCUGAGAGGUUCAGUAAAGAGAGCAAAGAGUCUAUUGACCCCUAUACCUUCCUGCCGUUUGGGGCUGGCCCCAGGAACUGCAUAGGAAUGAGGUUUGCUCUCCUUGUCAUGAAAGUGGCUGUGGUCGUCCUGUUGCAAAACUUCUCGUUCAGAACCUGCAAAGACACUCCGAUCCCACUGGUUCUGGACACGAAAGGUUUCAUGCAACCCAAGGAGCCCAUCGUCCUGAAGAUGGUCCCCAGAGCCCAUGCUGACCUGGAGAAGUGA